GGGAUCGCUUCAAUUGAGAAUUGUGUGUUUUUUCACGUUCUUGCUUUCCAUGGCGCCUCAUCUGGACGGUGCUCGCCACUUUGGCUGCUGAAAGCUUGUCUUCACCUGGAGCCUGGAGGCUUGAAACUUCUGAUCAAUCACUAGGCAAAGACCGUCGCGGCGGAGCCGCAGUUGAGCCAAGGUUGCCUUAGAAUGGCCAAAGCAGGGCUGCAUUAGCAGCCUCCAGGGCUGGGUUGAUAAGGGCAACCCUUCGUCUGGAAAAAGAGUCUAUUGAGACAAUCUGCUGACCGUCAAGAGAGCAAGCGCUUUGUGGGGUCUCAAAAAUGGCGGAGCGUGCAAGGUAUCUCUCACGGGGCACACAUAUCCUUGUGCUUGAGCUCGAGAGUGGGGACAAUUACAUCGUCACCAGCUUGUCUACAAGACAGGACACGCAGGUCAUCGCCAUUGACCCCACCAGUGGGUCCCUUCGUUUCACUGGCCGCUGGGGCGUCGACCAAUUCCCCUCCGAACCAGACGCCAUUCACGCCGUCACAUCCGGAGGCCGCACCCUUGUCAAAUCUCGCAUCGAGGGGAGGGCCAUUCUUGGCUACGCCGCUGUCGGCCAGUUCGCCCUCAUCCUAGUUGCCACCAAGACCCGCGUCUCAAUCGCGUCACUCCCAGGGGGGGACUCGGUGCAGCUCGUGACCGACAGCCAAUGGAAGAAGAUUCCCCUGAGAAGCCCCCAGCCGCAGCCGGCCUCUGAGCUGAAGAACAUCACAGAAUUGACUGAGACGGCGAUUGACGGGUGUCAUUACUUCUGCGAAACGCGUGAUCUGACGCGGCCGUUCCCGAGCGGGGCGCCGGUGGGGGAGCCGGACCGGGAGUAUGUAUGGAAUGAGUGGCUGGCGGCUCCGUUCAAGCGGAUCGGGCUGCCUUCGCACUGUGUGGUUCUGAUGCAGGGCGUUGCCGAGAGUCGCACCUUCCCCGACUCCUCCGGCCGGCAGGCCAUUGUCUCCCUCAUCGCGCGCCGCAGCCGCCUCCACCCGGGCACCCGUUACCUCGCCCGGGGGCUCAACCCGGCCGCGAGCACGGGCAACGAAAUAGAGUGCGAGCAGCUCGUCUUUCCGGCCGGCCAGUCGCCGGGAAAGCCCGUUCCGUUUUCGGUAUACCUAUGGCGGCGGGGCACCGUUCCGAUCUGGUGGGGGGCGGAGAUCAAGUCGACCAUGGCCGAGGCGGAGCUCUAUGUGUGCGAGGAACGGGCGUUUGAGGGGUCCGGCAGGUACUAUAAGCGGCUGGAGAGGAGGUAUAAGGGGGACGGGAGGAGCGCGGCGGACGGGAAGGCGCGGGCCACACCGAUCGUGUGUGUGAACCUGUUGAGAACGCAGCCGGGGAAGCCAGAGCUGCCUUUAGCCGAGGCCUUCCAAUCCAUGGCCGCGGAACUCCGCGACGCACGCCAGUCGUCCGAUUCGAUCGUCACCGUCGUCAACUACGACUGGCACGCCACCACGAAAGCGAUCGGCGAGCCCAAAACCAUCGAGGGUUUGUGGAACCUGCUCCGUAACCCGAUGACCGACAUCGGGGUCGGCCUCGGGGAGUGGCGCCCUCCGGGGGGCGAGAACGGCGUGGGAAACCUGCCCCCCGGAGUGGUGAGAAACGCCGGGCUGGGAGCUGGGGUGUACAAAACGAACGUGAGGCAGAGCGGAGUGGUGCGGUACAAUUGUGCGGACUCGCUGGACCGGACGAACGCAGCGUCCUUCUUUGGAGCAGUACAGGCCCUCUCGGAGCAGUGCCGGCUGCUGGGCCUCAGCAUCGACGUCAGCGCCAGCCUCACCACGUCCACCGGGAGCUCAUACGACCUCGACGCCCAACCGCUGAGCACCCAAAACCGCCCACGGCUUAUCGAGGGGCCGCUUCCACCGGGGUGGGAGAAGCGCAAAGACCCCACCACAAACAAGGCCUUUUACAUCGACCACAAUACGCGGAAGACGACCUGGGACCACCCGAACUUGAUCCCAGCGUCGCCGCUGCCGGAAGCGCAUGUGAAGCCGAGGGGAGUGGCCGAGGGAGACAGGUCGGACAGCCCGGCAAGGAACCGCAGCUGGAGCCGCUUCGGCCUGGGCUUCGAGGAGGUGAAGGGCGCGACGCUGUCUGCGCCGCUGGAGGCGAUGAGCGACAUGUUCAUGAUUGCGGGGGACAUCCACGCGUCGCUCUACUCGGGGAGCAAGGCGAUGCACAGCCACAUACUGCACAUCUUCUCCGAGGACGCCGCCAAGGUGAAGAAGUCAUCCACUGCCGCCAACGUCGCCAUCACGCUCCAGCGGCGCUACAUGAACAUGGUCGUCGACAGCUCCCGCCAAAAGCAGUUUGAGAUGUUUCUGGGCUUGCGCCGCCAUAAGCACUUGCCCUCUCAGCCCGACUCGCCGCUCGAGGCCCUGACAAGGCCUCACGCCUGCAUACUGAAGCCAGUCCCGGCGGUGUACCCGUCGCUGUUCCCGGCGCAGGCCUUGUUGACGGGGCUGCCGAAGGGGGCGUCCUGGGUCUGCCCCUCGGCUGCGGAGGUGCUGGAGGUGUACGUGUUCCUCUCGGAGCCGUGCCACGUGUCCCAGCUCGUCAUCAGCGUCGCGCACGGCACCGACGACUCAACCGUGCCCCGCAGCUUCGACGUGCGCGCGGGCCGGACGCUGGACGCUAUGAAGGUCCUGCUCGAGGGCGCUGGCAUCCCCAAGUGCGCCCACGGCACGCAGCUGCUCUACAACCUGCCCGGGUUAGUUAACCCCGAGGACAAAACCCUAACCGGAAGCGCCCGGGGGAAGCGCCCGGGGGAGCAGUUCUCCUCCCUCUACGACUUCGAGGAAGCGGAAGGGGCGGUUGACUACCUAACCCGAUUCGUAACCGUCACCUUCUACCCCUCUGCCCCGGGGAUCAGCAUGACGCUCGGGCCGGUCGAAGUCUUGGGGACUUCGCUGGUCGGGAAAGCGCUCGGGGGAUCCCCUCCGAGCACUCAGCAGACGAGCCAGAGGCUCUUGCCUGCCGGAGACUCCUUCACGGAUCUGCUCUCAGUGGGGGAGCCGACUGGCACUCCAAACGGCCCCCCUGCGGCCGCGCCGCCAGCUGUCAGCCCUGCGGUAACCGACGCCUGGGAUCCGUUCGGAGUCGUUCCGUUGGUUGCAGCGCCCAAAACGGAAACCACUGCAAACGGGUCCCCUCUUCCGCUGAGCAACGCAAACCCGUUCUCAACUUGGGAUCCUUUCGCCGCCCCUCUGCCGGCGUCUAGCUCUCCUAUCUCGGAUCCUUUCGAAAGCGUGUCACUGCAGUCAGUACCCGCCGAAACCAUCCAUACUUCCGCUUCAACAUCCAACGGCAACCCCGCGACGCAGCUUACGAAGUCCGGGGUCCUCGAAAGCAGUGUCAGCUCGCCUGGGGGGCAGCCUGGCCUGCCGUCCUCCACCCCCCCGGAACGAGGCAACGCACCGGUGACCCCCGUGAAUGGCGGAAGAGCGGCGGUUGAAUCGUACUUACAGCUGGUCGCGAAAGUCGGGGGGAACGAACAAACCGUGCGAUUUAGCGUCUGUAUGGAACUAGACAUUGCGAGGUUGAGACUGGGCUUGUCGGCGGCACAGCGGGACCGAGCGUUGCUCUCUGUUGGUCGCGAUCCGGCUUUGCUCGACCCGAACCGAACACUGACGGUGACGGAAUUGGUCCCGCUCCGAGUGGCGGCCAACCAGCUAGCGACACUUGUCCGCGUGGCACAGGAAGACAGGGAGGUUGCCGCCUUCGCCGACCAGGGUUUGGGGAUAACCGUUCCAGAAGGUUUGGCUAACCCGAGCGUUGAGAUCGACCUGAUCAAGCUUCAGGGGUGCUUGAGUAGGGAGUGCGAGGUCGGACGGGGGGGCUUGGCGGCGGGGGGUGCGGUACAGGGCGGAAAUAGCCCCCUGAAACGGUGCGAGGAGUGUGAGAAGAGAGUCUGCGCUGCAUGUUUGGUCGGGCCGGGAGCAGGGCUACUGAAAAAGCACAGGGAAAACAAAGUGCGGGUCGAGGUGCCGGAAGCCCGCGAGGGGGGGACAAAAGCCGAGCCGAAAGGACCCCCCCUCCAGGACCAAACGCUGUGCAAGAAAUGCUGCCCGGCGCUCGUGAGAGAUGCGGUCCUCAUCGACCGGGUGCGGAAGCUCUCGGCGGCUAGGCGGAGGGUCCGCCUAGAGACAGAAGCGGCCCAGGCCGCGGCGCAUUUACACUCCCUCAGCGCGGGCAGUGCCGUGGAGUGUGAAGCGGGCCAGGGGAACUUGCGGGACGGGAGGGGGGUGGCAAUUGCGGGGGUGCCGAACCUUGCGGGAGAUUUACUGGCGGAGUAUCCAUAUGCCGGGCUGCUCUUUGCGGUUCCGACUGCCGAAGGCUCAGCCCCGGCGGAGUCCUUCCUCGCCAGUCCCAGCGUGCAGUCUCCGGGCCAGUACUGGCGCGCGCCGUCCAUUGGAACCACGGCCGUCGACAUCGCGAUCGUGUUAGCGACCCCGGGGAACGUCCACCGACUCGCGCUCGAGGUUAGCCCGUGCGGAUACACACAGGGGCACGACACCCCGCUGAUCGACAUUGCAGUAGGCUCAACAAUCGCCGAGAAGGACUACGUCGGCCGCUGGGACAUUGCCGCCGCCGCGGCUGCCUCGCCGCACGUCUUCGGCCCCGAAACCCAAGCCCAAACCUCCAAACCCCUCUCCCGGACGCUCGUCUACAACUUCCCCAGGGGGGUCCGCACGUGCCGGAUCGUGUGGCUCAGAUUCUCGCUCAGGUCGGACACGUCAGCAAACCCGUUUGCGGCGCAGCCGUCGGCCGCAGGACUGUUUGAUUUGCUGAGCUUGGACCCGACGCCCCCGCCGACGGGAAGCGCGGCCCCACGUGCGCCGGCGUUCGUGCAUGCCAGCCGGAUCCUAGUGCUGGGCGAACGUGUCCUCAGCGACCCUUCCGACCCCGCCUCGCUGGCCCCGCAAGCCUCGGAGCGCCUCGCGCUCAAGACCGUGCUCGACGCCCCCCCCCGCGUCGUCCGCAUCCGUGUUCCGUCCGAGUUCCAGGACGUCAAACCGUCCGGCGCCGUCGUCGAACUAGGUGUGGACCUUUCCCGCGUCCCGUCGGUCGGCGGAUUCCGGCUGGACGCCCUCGGGCUCGCGCGGCGCGUCCCGGCGCUCGGCCCCGAGGAAGGGUUUGGGGGUUUGGCCGUUGCCUCGGGCGACGAGAUGGCAGCAGCGGCCGUCGGGCUAACGGUGCGAGUGCAUGCAAUUCAGAGCGAAGGUGGGGUUGGGGGCCCUGUUCCAGUAGGCGAGUUCCUUCUUCCAACCGCCCGACAGGGUACGGCCCUCUACUUCGACUUCCCGGGACCUGUAGCCGCGCGCAUAAUCGUCGUAGAGUUGGUAGGAGACGUUUCGACGUGCGGAGAUGAAGGGGAUGACGACGGAAAAGACUCCGUGUCAACGUUCUCACUGAAAGAUAGAGUAAGGCUGUAUAGGUAUGCGCUGCCGCAGGAAGCCGGCAAGUGGCCUCAACUGAACGCGCCUUAGGACAUUGCAGCUCUGAUUCGCUGAGACUAUUGACACUCUUGACACUGCUGCUCCCGACUGUUCAGUUCUACCUGGUCUCUAGGAUAUUGUGCCAGUAGGCGGUGCAUGGGCCAUGGCACAUGGUCCGAGAUGCUCUCAGUAUUGACUGAUUUGGUAACCGUCCCGCGGAGCUUUUUAAAUUUUAAGAGGCGUAAAGCA